CCCGCGGCGUUCCGUAGUCGCUCCGGCUGGGAGCCGGAGGGGGCGGUCCUGUAGCGUCCUGCGGGCAAGCGCGCGCAGCUGUGGGCGGGACCAGGCCUGGUGGGCGGGGCUGAGCGGGCUAAGCUCCGCUGCUUCUCCUUCACACGGCUUGGUGGCUGCUGCGAGUCCUCUGCUGCAGCGUCCCGGGCUCCAAGUUCCGGAAGUGGGUUCGCGUCCUGCGGUUCCAGGCCCCGGGCCGCGACUGUCGCCACGGUGGCGGCCACUACAUCACGCCCCACGUCGGCGGCGCUGGACGCCGUAGUGUCGACGAGCCCGGAGCCCAUGACAGGCCAGGGCCAGUCGGCGGCCGGGUCGGCGGCGUGGAGCGCGAUGUUCCGCCACGUCCGGUACGAGAACCUGGUGGCUGGCGUGAGUGGCGGGGUCUUGUCCAACCUGGCGCUGCACCCGCUCGACCUCGUGAAGAUCCGCUUCGCUGUGAGUGAUGGACUGGAAGUAAGACCAAAAUAUAAAGGAAUUUUGCAUUGCUUGGCUACCAUUUGGAAAGUUGAUGGACUACGAGGACUUUAUCAAGGAGUAACCCCGAAUGUGUGGGGUGCCGGUUUAUCCUGGGGACUCUACUUUUUCUUUUACAAUGGCAUCAAAUCGUAUAAGACAGAGGGAAGAGCUGAACAGUUAGAGCCAUUAGAAUACCUCGUCUCAGCUGCUGAAGCUGGAGCCAUGACUCUCUGCAUAACAAACCCAUUAUGGGUGACAAAAACUCGCCUUAUGUUACAAUAUGGUGGUGUUGUUAACCCUUCACAGAGACAGUAUAAAGGAAUGUUUGAUGCACUUGUGAAAAUAUAUAAAUAUGAAGGUAUACGUGGAUUGUACAAGGGAUUUGUCCCUGGGCUGUUUGGAACAUCACAUGGUGCCCUUCAGUUUAUGGCAUAUGAAUUGCUAAAGUUGAAGUACAACAAACACAUCAAUAGAUUACCAGAAGCCCAGCUGAGCACAGCAGAAUACAUCUCUGUUGCAGCACUAUCCAAAAUAUUUGCCGUAGCAGUAACAUACCCGUAUCAGGUUGUGAGAGCCCGCCUUCAGGAUCAGCAUGUGUCUUAUCGUGGUGUAACAGAUGUAAUCACAAAGACAUGGAGGAAAGAAGGCAUCGGUGGAUUUUACAAAGGAAUCGCACCCAAUCUGAUUAGAGUGACUCCGGCCUGCUGCAUCACCUUUGUGGUUUAUGAAAAUGUCUCUCACUUUUUAUGUGACCUUAGAAAAAAGAAAGUGAGCUAAAAGAAGAUCUCAGUGUAUGUGCUUGAAGCAGCAGCAAACUUUUUAUUUGAAACACAGAGCUCGGAAGAAUACUUCAGAGCAACAAAGCUGGAAAUACUGCAACAAAUACUGCAGAGCAACAAAUCACAUGUCUGUGUUAGAAGUGAAAGGACUAAGUCAUCUUGAUGUUUUCUGCUCUUUGCCUCUGUGUGUGUGGAGCUUGGCUACCCCUACCUGGAGUGGGUACCAUCUGCAUGAUGUUGAAACUGAUAGCCACUGGGAAUAUGUACAGGGUCCUCCAUUUUGUUGUUCAGGGAGAAGCUAAUUUGCAAUAUUUGUAAAUAAUUUGAUGAGUGUUCUUUUUUUCUGAACUCUCUUGCCUGGAUUGGCUUUAAAACUGACCGUGUGCAAUAGCAAGGAACUGGCUUCGUACAAGAAUGACUAUAUUUCAAGGGUAAACAAAGCUUGGAGAACUUAUAAAUAAGACGUUAUCCAAGUCUAGCCUAUUUUGAAUGGGGAUAUUUUAUUAGAAAAAAGUCUAUUAUAAAUGUGCUUUAGUUUUAAUCCAAUUGGAACGCACUAAGUACAGAAGUUGAAGAAGUCAUGUACUUCUCUGAGAAAUAUCUAGCACCUUUUGCUGUUCCGUUGCUUAAUUAUUUACAGUGAGACUCUGGACACAGACCUUGUAUUUUGGCCAUAAACACUUGGUGUGCGGUUAGGGUGUAUAAAAUCUGAACCUCCAGCAUCCGGUGAAGCUUUAUUUAGCAUAUGUGGUUACAAAUCACUCACCAGAAAUGCUGGCUCAUGUUUCACAGAGAUGGGAUGUUUGUUGUGAGUUUGUUGAAAAACUGAAUAGAAAUAAGCAUUCCAUUUUCCCUUAAUUUUUAGAUUUAUGGUUCCAGAUUCCAAAUAAUUGAUUUGUCUACAUUGGUUGCUCAAAUUCAGGUUGAAAUACAAAUUGCAUUUGUCUGUGGCCAUUACUGAUUUGAUUUCUAUGUCAUUGUAGAUCUCCAUGCAAAAGGCCUGCCCCCAAAGGAUGCUGGACUAAUAUUAACUCUUCUGAUGUGCAGCUGUCAGUACUGUUGCACUAUCCUCUAUUUUUUGUAAAUAAAUAUGAUCAAAGCUGUA